AUGACGGAUAUUUUAAAUAUCGAGGACGAGCCGAUCUUUGACGAUCGCAUCGUCAAGAUCGAGACUCACACGUACAAUCCGUUCGCCAACACGACGAUCUUUACACGUUACCGUACGAAAGUUUUUUUAUACAUUGAAGGAAAACUUAUAAUAAAGAAACCAGUUGCGGGAUCUGAUGUGACAUUGGCAAAUAAUUGCAUCGCGUUCAUGUUCGAUGAGAUUCGAUACGAGCUCGACGGUGUGGAGAUUGAUCGAAACAGAAACCGAAUCGGAAUAACCAGCACCCUCAAGAACUAUGUAACUAUGUCAGCUGCCAGAAGCGUAAUCGCGAGAAACGCCGGCUGGGAUCCGUGGAAUCCUCCGAACGGAUACUUUAAUUUUUGCGUACCGCUCAACAUGCUGUUGGGAUUUUGUGAAGAUUACAGACGCGUGGUGAUCAACCCUCGCCAUGAGCUGAUUUUAAUACGCGCGCGUAACGAUAACAAUUGUCUGAUGGGAAGUUCAGAAUUGGAGCCGAAGAUUGAAUUACUUAAAGUUCAGUGGCGAAUGCCGCAUGUGUUACUGAACGAGAUAAAUAAACUGUCGAUGCUGCGUGCGCUAGAAAGCGGGCGAUACCUCAGCAUGGCAUUUCGUUCUUGGGAUCUAUAUGAGUAUCCUUUAUUGCAAAGCACAACCAAACAUUCGUGGGCCAUCAAGACCGCUACUCAGCUCGAGAAGCCUCGAUACGUCGUUUUCGCUCUGCAGGCUGGUCGGAAGAAUAACAUGUCUGAAAACAUGAGUCGAUUCGAUCAUUGCAAAUUAAUCAACGCAAAACUCUAUUUAAACUCGGAAUGUUAUCCGUACGAUGAUUUGAAUCUAGAUUUUGAUAAAAAUAAAUGA